AUGGUUGCCGAAACCAAAUUGUACGAUGCCUUGAGCAUCAAACCCAGCGCGAGUCAGGAUGAGAUCAAGAAAGCCUAUCGGAAAGCAGCAUUGAAGUGGCACCCCGAUAAGAACAAGGACAACCAGGAUGCCGCAGAGAAGUUCAAAGAGGUAUCCCAAGCGUACGAAGUGUUGUCAGACCCCGAGAAACGCAAAGUCUACGACCAAUUCGGCCUCGAGUAUUUGCUCCGUGGCGGCCCUGCCCCUUCGCCUGGCGGUGGUGCCGGCCCCGGCGGCGGCGGCUUUGAAGGAGGUAUGCCGGGAGGAUUCUCUUCGUUCGGCGGCAUGCCCGGCGGUGGAGGAGCGCGCACAUUCCAUUUCUCGACUGGACCCGGUGGUGGUGGCGGGUUUCGAUUCAGCGCUGCGGAUGAUAUCUUCCGCAACUUCGCCAAAGCCGGCGGCGGCGGGGGCUCGGGCCUUGACGAGGACGAUAUAUUUUCGAUGCUGAAUGGAAUGGGCGGCGGUGGCGGCGGUGGCUUCCGGACUGCUCGCCCAAGUAGCGGUGGUGGAUUUGCGCAGAGUUCUCGCCGCGCACCGACACCUGAGCCUACUGUCAUCGAGAAGGAUCUGCCGUUGACUCUGGAGGAGAUCUUUAACGGGACCACAAAGAAGGUGGUCACGAAGAGUAAGGCGUUUGAUGCGAGUGGGAAGCGCAGUGUUCAGGACGUGACGCUGGAAGCUAACAUCAAGCCUGGUCUGCGGGCUGGUUCGAAGAUCAAGUACAAGAAUGUUGGGGAUCAAGAAGAAGGAGGUCGACAAGAUGUGCACCUGAUUGUCAAAGAGAAAGAGCACCCGGUCUUCAAGCGCGUCGGAGACAACCUCGUCGUCACGGUGGACCUCACUCUCAAGGAGGCCCUCACAGGCUGGGAGAAGAUCGUGCGCACCAUCGACGGCAAAUCCAUCCGCGUCCAGAAGCCUGGCCCCACACAGCCGGGCUUCGAGGAACACUAUCCGGGUCAAGGCAUGGUGGUCUCCAAGAAGCCCAGUGAUCGCGGCGAUCUGGUCGUGCGCGUCAAUGUCAAGUUCCCCACCACCUUGACGGCACAGCAAAAGGAAAUUCUCAAAGAUGUCCUCCCAUAG